ACAGACUACAACAGAAGCAAGACAACAAAGAAAAAGGCAGAUCUUUGAAACAUCUCAAACCAUCAUGAAGACUAUCUGCUUGACUCUUGCGUUAUUGCUACUGACAGUGUUCCACUCCUAUGCUGCCCCUCAUGGUAUGGAAGCAUCACCCACCAGUUGCUGUUUCCAAUUCGCCACUAUGAGAGUGCCUCUCAACAAGAUCGUCUCCAUCAAGAAGACUGACAACAACUGCCUCCUACCUGCCUUAAUAGUGACAACUGUCAGGGACAGGGUGAUCUGCUACGAAUUGACUGAGCCAUGGGUACAGAAGGCCAUGCACCAGCUAAAGUCUGCGACUCACCCAACAGCUGUGUCCAGAAGUAGGAGCCAAUGGGGGUAACAGUCAUACUUGACAAGACACAGUGACCACAGCCUCAAGCUGACUGUGUACUCAGUGUAUGGUACAUGAUCAUUUUACAACAUGUAUUUUCCCGAGAGCAUUCAGUAUUGUUUUCCAGUAGGAUUUUUGUACAAGACUAACAUGUAAUUAAUGUGAGCUAUUCGUAUAAAUUCAUCAUAUAAAUGUGUGAUGCUGUUAUUUUAAAAAGGUUUUAAGAGGUGUUAAGAUUCAUGACAAGAUUGUAUGCUUAUAUUAAAGAGUAAAAACAUU